AAAGAGAUACCAAGUGCAAAUAGCUCAAGAGUAAAAGGGACAAACUUCUUCUGACCCUCGAACCGACAAUAUUAAAUUUGUCCGCUUUUAAUCAUCUAAUCAACGGGCAACGGUUGCUUUGAUUUCGUAUAACCGUCGAAAUUGCUGAACGUUAAUUCUUAUAAACAAAGUGUGAUUUAUCGUACUGCGAGUGUAAAAACGGACAUUAAUUAAAAUGAAGUCCGCCAAAUCAAAACAGAGAAUCAACGAGAUGCGUACACCGGCGCGGAGUAAGCAAAACUUGAACGGCGAGCGCGAUCCAGUACAAGUUUUCUGUAGAUUACGUCCGAUGCAACGAGAAUCCGAUAUCCCGUGUAUGAAGAUAAUUUCACCGACAGCAGUGCUCCUAACUCCACCAGCAACGGCUGUGAGCUACAGAAAUGAGAACAACAAGUCGAUGAAAUACACUUUCAAAGAAGUUUUCCCUCCUGAAAUACCUCAACAAGAAGUCUUCGAUAAAGUCGCAUAUCCGCUCGUAGAAGGCCUAAUCAAAGGUAAAAAUGGUCUCUUAUUCACUUACGGCGUCACCGGCAGCGGGAAAACCUUCACAAUGACCGGCGAGCCUCAAAAUUGCGGAAUUUUGCCAAGAUGUCUGAACAUCAUAUUUAAAACUAUAAACGAAUGCCAGGCGCAUAAAUACGUGUUCAAACCUGACAAAAUGAACAUGUUCGAAAUUCAAACCGAGGUGGAAGCCAUGUUGGAAAGACAGCAGGAGCUACAUAAGUUUAAAAUAGGUAAGAAAAACAACUCAAAUCCGGACCUAGCAAUGGCUUCAAUGGAGGUGACAAAAGUUGAUGGUUUGAACGAAGACAACCAGUAUGCAGUGUUUGUUUCAUAUGUAGAAGUGUACAAUAACAGCGUCUUUGAUUUACUGGAAGACGGACCGCCCGUGUCAAAGAAUUUACCUGCGAAAAUCAUCAGAGAAGAUGCAGCAAAAAACAUGUACGUACAUGGUGUCACCGAGAUUGAAAUUAAGUCUGCGGAGGAAGCAUUUGAUGCAUUCUAUUUAGGAUUGAAACGGAAAAGGAUGGCUCACACAGCUCUUAAUGCGGAAUCAAGUCGGAGUCAUUCGGUUUUCACCAUCAGGCUGGUGCAGGCACCGGUAGACGAGGUAGGUGAGGCUGUCAUACAGAAUAAGAAGUUUCUAUCCAUCAGUCAAAUAAGCUUGGUUGAUUUAGCUGGCAGUGAAAGAACAAAUCGGACCAAAAAUACUGGGCAGCGGUUACGGGAGGCUGGCAACAUUAACAAGUCGUUAAUGACGCUCCGAACGUGUCUGGAAGUUUUACGGGAGAACCAAGCUACUGGGGCUAACAAUAUGGUACCAUACAGGGAGUCCAAGAUCACUCACCUGUUCAAGAACUUCUUUGAGGGUGAAGGGCAGGUACGUAUGAUUGUUUGUGCUAACCCGAGAGCUGAGGACUAUGAUGAAACACUCCAAGUUAUGAGAUUUGCUGAAAUGGCUGCAGAAGUAGAGGUAACCAAAGCCCAAGUAAACGAUUUUGCAGCCUCUAUCGGCCUGGUAUCUGGCAGACGUAAAGCAAACAGACUAUUUGCGACUGCCAGAGACAAUCUAGCUAGACCUGACGCUAAAGAGCUUGAGCUAGACCUAGGUCUAGUCUACAGCCUUGGCCCAGACUUCCCAAGUCUAGAACUGAAUAGCUCACAAGCUGGCCACAUUAUUAAAGAACUCAUGGCCCAUUUGGAGAUGAGGUUAGAUCGGAGAGAAACCUUGAAACGGAGUAAAGCUUUAAAAGAUGAGAGGUUCAGAGCAAGUCUUAUAGACUUAGAGAAACAGUCGCUUGAAGUAAGAGGAGAGAAUGCUGCAUUAAGAGGGCAGCUUGCAGCUUCUGAACGCAGAAUCAGAGCUUUAGAAGAGCGUUUGACAGCCACCGAAAACGAAUCAACUUCUAACAAACGGAAACUCAAUGAACUGACCGAAUACACAAGCACACUGAAAAGGGAGCUGCAAGAAAAGGAGCUACACCUAAACCAGAAUAAGCUAGAGAAAGAGAAAAUGAAGCGCAUCUUAGAAAGGAAAUACAAUCACAAGAUAGCGGCAGAGCAUGAGCGAGCAAAGGAAAUUCACACUGAAAAAGAGAAAUUACGCAAUGCAAUUGAAGAUAAAGAGAAUCGCUUAAGGAUUAUAGCUGAAGCACUAGACAGGGGCGAUAUAGAGCCGAAACAAACAGGAGAAUUUGCAGCGCAGACUACUGUGAGAGACUACACUCCAGGGUCGACACCUAGAGCUUUACCAGCGCAUUUACUGACUCCGUUCAGCUCCGUACCCCAUACUAGGGAAACUAGAGACACACCAGCGUCGUCCCGUCGCGGUGUAGCCGUUGCCAACCCUAGGCACCGCCGUUCACUAUCCGCCGACGGUCGAGGUUGGAUCGAACACGCUCCUAACAAACUCGUCCCAAUGGGUACCGUUAUGAAACCAUCCAUAGUCAACAGCAAAGUAGUCAACAAGCUAACUACCGUCAAAGACAUAGCUAAUUCUAAAGCGUCGAAAUACUGCCUAAUAUCUCAAGAGCAAGACACAGAUGGUGAGUUAGAAACGAAACUGUAUAAAGGCGAUGUUGUACCAACUUGCGGCGGGGGCGCUCAAGUUAUUUUCAAUGAUGUAGAAAUGCUUAAACAGUUCUCUCCGACUCGGGAAUCUAAUAGGGAGUCAUCGAAUACUCAGAGAACAUCAGGCUGCGCCAGACAUUCUGGAAAGAGGAGAGAGACUACGCAUUCGCCGCCGCAAACUCCGUCUAAUACUAGCAAGAAACAAAGGAUAGAUGAUGAUUGAAUAUGUGUUGAAAUUGUGACAGGCGAGGGACUAAGCCGAUUUGUGGUAUGUGUAUCUCAUAGUCUAAAAACCAUACUUAAAACUCUCUCUCUCUUUCUCUUUAGCCUUUUUCUACCCUUUGGGUGUAGGCCUCCUUAAUUUUGCGCCAUUCGUCACUGUUCUGUGCGACUUGGAGCCACUGCUUCCCCGCAGUCUUCUUGAUGUCUUGAUGAACUUAAAAUUAUAUACAUAUAUAUUCAUAUUAUCAGUAUAACGCUUUAAGUAAGUCACGUAUUUUAAGUUUAACAUCAUCACUAUAGAGGUCUUAAUUUUGAGAGUGAUAAUCAUCAGAUAUACACCAUUCUUUCUCUUUAACAGUUUAGUUUCAAUAGACUUAUAUUGACCGGGAUAUAGACCGUGAUUACCUUUUGUAUUGUUUUUGAUCUCCCGAUAUUUCGACGCAGUUACAUGCAUCUUGUUCACGGGUAAACCCGUACUCACCCCGUACCCGUAGCUCAAAAACAAUAGGUAAUCACAGUCUAUAUCCCGGUCAAUAUAAGUCUAUACGUUCUCUUUGCCUAUUUUUUUUUAUUUAACGUGAUAAAAUUGUGUUAUAGUCUUGUAAUGUCACUAGUUUCAGUUCCACACAUUUACUUGUUAUAAAAUCAAAUCGAAAAUACCAUAAAUCGGCCUAGGGCUACCUUGCCCUAAAGAAAAGUGUUUUGAAUCUAAUUGUGGCAAAAUAAAACAUGUUUUUAUUUUACCUACUUGUUUGUUAAGAUUUUCAACCUAUAUGAUUAAAGCACAUUUUGGUCCUGAGAUAUCUGGCAGAUUUUGAAAAGAUUAUUUCUUGCAUUUUGGUGUUAUAAUUAAUUUUAUGUUAAUCAUCCCUUAGAUUGGAACUUAGAAGAAAUUAAAUAAAUAAAUAAAUAUUAUAGGACAACGAGUUUUUCGGAACAUAUGUACGAAAUAUCACUUGAUAUUUCAAUUAUUUACCAGUUGCUUUUCGGUGAAGGAAAACAUCGUGAGGAAACCGGACUAAUCCCAAUAAGGCCUAGUUUACCCUCUGGCUUGGAAGGUCAGAUGGCUGUCGCUUGCGUAAAAACUAGUGCCUACGUCAAUUCUUGGGAUUAGUUGUCAAGCGGUUGUAUAUUUUUUAUUGUUACACAGAUUGACUAAGUCCCACGGUAAGCCCAAGCAAUAAAAUAGAAGUUGCUUAUUAUAAAAAAAGAGAAUUUACAUCUAGUUACCUAAACAGGAUAAAUAUAAUAAAGCCUACUUUAUUGAUUUAUUUUAAACUUUAUAUUAAACUUAUGUGGUAUUUUAUAUAAAAAGGGACCUUACUGUCGAUGGCGCUUACGCCAUUAUUAACGAUGCUCCGAUUUAAAUAUAAGUACAAUACCGCGCGAAGCUGUGCGGCGUAAGCGCCAUCGGCAAUAAGGUCCCUUUUCAUAGAAAAUGCCCCAUAAAAAAGGUAUUCUUAAUGCCCCAUGGCAUCAAACAUCAAACAUUUAUUCAGCAAAUACUGCAAAUAGGCCACAGGGGCACUUUUACAUGUCAAUUUUUACAAACAAUAAAAUUAACCCAAAAUUACAAAAAACAAUAACAUAAAUAUAAAUGUCAAAUUACACAAGAAAAAAAAACUAAUAAAAACUAUACAAAUAACAGAAGUACUAAAAUUGUUUAGAGAUGUAAAAGUCUCUAGGUGUCAGAGGUAAAAUGUGUAUAAUAAUAAAAAAGAUCAUCAAAUUAUCCAGAGAUGUAAAGGGUCUCUAUUAAAUCGGACAAACAGACGAGAACCGAAUGAAGUGCCUCACGUUAAUGCCACUCAAAAGUAAAGUUACAUAGGUAAAAUGAAGGCCGUGUAAACUUAAACAGACUGGUCUCCACAAACAGCAUUCUCUACCAGUCAACCAUAGGGUCAAACAGAAAAUGUUGAGGCUUUAAUACUAACAUUAUAGGUUCUUGAUAAUGCUAGGAGACAAAAAAAACUGUUAUAAUCUGUCAGGUUACUCAGAGCCACGGUGUAUAAGCAUUUGGAGGAAAUCUCAAAACCUAAUCAGUACAUUUUUAAUCUGUGAUUAUAUUUGUAUUUUUAAUGGUUUUUAAGAACAAAAUAGAUUUAGUUUUUUACUUAGUUGAUUGGGUGAUUGUUUUUAGGUUUAAUUAAAUUAAAAUAAUUGAUUACAUUUGAUUUAAUCAUGAUUCUUGAAACAUGAUUACGGUUUUGAGUAUUGUCAGCAGAUAUAUGUGCGCAGAGGAAACCUUAAAAAAUAUGUACACCGUUAUGUUCCGAAUAUGAAACUAUAUAUUUAGCUGUAUUAUGAUGUACUUAAUUAGGUUAAUAUCAUAUUUAAAUUUCCAUAUAAAGUUAACUUUCAAAUGUGUUUAAAAGUCUCCGGCAAGAUCGGCCGAAUUUCACCUUCCCAUACAAACAGAGUUUCGUUUUCAUUUUAAAACUAAGUUUUGGAUUGUAAUGAAACUUUGCACAUACAAUGACAUGAGGUAUAUCUAGGUCUGAAAUUAGUUUAUAUAGCUUCAGUUUAUAAAAUAAACGAAAUAGAGCAAAAACACGUUUUGUAUGAAAAAAGUAAAUUCGCUGUAUUUUUUUAACUAUGGUAUCUGAAGCUACAUAAACUAUUUUCAGACAGAUAUACCUUAUCCUAUUGUAAGUACAAAGUUUCAGAGAAAACUAGCUACUCGUUUUAAAAUGAGAGCGGAACUACGUAGAACCGAGCUUGCCGGAGACCCUUAAAAGUUAAAAAAGGAUAGCAGUCUUUAUUAUUGUCUUGUCUCUAAUUUUAUUGACCAUUUAGUUGUGCGAGCGAAACAUCGCCAUAUACAUGCAUAGUGAUAUCUCUCACACACCGGAGCAACGUGCGGUUCGCAUCAGUGUUAUAACUAAUAUAUAAUUUAGACUAUUUUAUAUAAGAAACCCAUUACCCGUUAAACGACUUUGUGAAUAUUGUAGUUUUAUAUUAAGUUGUAGCUUUUCUAGCAGUAUUUUGUUUGUACGUAGUAGGUAUUUUCUUUUGUAAACUAAUAAAUUGCUG